AUGGCCUUUCAGAACAAAGGACCCAAUGUCCCCUAUACAUUCAACCCAGGCCUCAAUGCGAGUGUUGAGACGAGCAGCGCAGAGGCUCCGCAAGCUGUCACCACACAGGACAGGCUUAUAGUAGGCAUCGACUUUGGGACUACAUUCAGCGGCGUUGCAGCAGUGUACAGUGCUACACCCGACGACAUUGACGUGAUAAAAACAUGGCCAGGCGGCAACGGCCUUAGCUCUGAGAAAGUCCCGACGGAAAUAGGCUAUGCAGAUACAGCAGCACAAAAAGACGGCCCGUCGUCCCUCAGGACAGCGACGAAAUCGUCGUCAAACAUCAAAUGGGGAUUUCAGCUGAAGCCCGAGGAGCCACGUCUAAGAUGUGUCAAGCUCUUCCUAGACCGCAGUCAGAAGCUGCCGCACUUCGUAUCUCCUCUCGAGACGGCUGCUCAGCUACGAAGAUACGAAAAGACGGUCAUGGAAGCUGUGUCCGACUAUCUCGCACAGAUAUACAAACACACCAUGGAAGUCUUGACCCGGCGCUACGGCGAGACUUUUAUGGGCAUGACCAAGGUCGAAGUCGUCCUCACCGUGCCCGCUGUCUGGUCCGAUGCUGCAAAAGACGCCACACUCAAGGCUGCGGAAAGGGCUGGCCUAGGCAAUCGACACGACCUCCAACUGAUUUCAGAGCCCGAGGCUGCUGCUGUGUACACUCUCAAGGCCAUCCAACCAACCCACUUGAAACUCGGCGACAACUUUGUCGUCUGCGACGCCGGCGGUGGCACCGUCGACUUGAUAGCAUAUCAAAUCACUCAGCUCAGUCCGCUGCGGGUCGAGGAAUCCGCCGUCGGCACGGGCGCUUUGUGCGGUUCUGCCUUUCUCAACUACCGCUUCGAGGAGCACGUGCAGCAGCGAAUAGGCCGGCAGCGGUACCAGUGGAUGCGGGAGCAAAAGGGCAAGACGUGGAACAUGGGGCUGAAGUAUUGGGAGGAUUUCGUCAAGCGGAAUUUCAACGACGAGGAGCACGCCGAGAUCAACAUCCCAUUUCCCGGCCUGCCAGAUGACGAGGCGGCAGGGCUGGAGUCUGGCUUCUUGGUCAUGAGCGCGGAGCAGGUCAAGGCUAUUUUCGAUCCUGUCGUGCAAGAGGUUAUACAAUUGGUGGAGGGUCAAGUGCAGAGCAUACGUGCCAAGGGGGGCCUGGUGUGUGGUAUUGUUCUGGUCGGCGGGUUCGGCCAGAGUAACUAUCUGUACAAGCAGAUGAAAUCCCACUUCCAGCGCGCGCCUCCCCCGCCCUAUACCGAGAGGCCGACACAGGCUGUCGCGCCGACUGGCUCGCCAUCCAUUGAGAUUUACCACCCGAUCCACGCGUGGACGGCGGUGGUGCGCGGUGCGGUACUACGGGGGUUGGAGGGCAACAUGGUCAUCAGUAGACGGUCUCGAUGGCACUACGGCACCAGCUACGCGACCGUCUUUGACGAGGCAAAACACUCCAUAUGCGAUAGAUACUGGAGUCCGCUAUGGGAACGGUGGAUGGUAUCCGAUCGGAUGCAAUGGCACAUCGCCAAGGGCGCCCGGGUGUCGGAGAAGAACCCCGUUUCCUUCCACUACACCCGCAACUUCCGGCCGGGCCAAUCGCUCCUCGUCGAGGACGAUCUGAUUGCCUGUGACGCCGACACCGCGCCCGACUCGUUUUGCAAGGGGCUCAUCAACGUCUGCACGCUGACGACGGAUCUCGGUAGCGUGCCCAGGAGUUUGUUUACGCGGCUGAAGACGAGCAAGGGGGUCGAGUUUGACAAUCUGGAUUUCACGCUGGAUAUGCGGAUGGAGAGUGCGGGGCUGGUGUUUGAGCUCAAGGUAGAUGGGGUUCGGUAUGGGAGUGUGCAGGCGGAGUUUCAUUGA